AGGGGGUGGGGGCCGCUGGGAGCGCGCGUGCGCUGAAUUGGAGCCUGUUGGGUAGUGGGAGCUAGUGGGGUGGCGUAUCCUGAAUUCACCGCGCUCUGUGGAGAUGCCCAGCCGUGGGUCUCAACCUGAGGACGGCGCUGCGCUGUCCUCUGCAGAUAACUCGACCCCGCUCAAAGAGGAUCUUAGCAGCAAGAUUAAAGAACAAAAAAUUGUUGUGGAUGAACUUUCUAACCUGAAGAAGAACAGGAAAGUAUAUAGGCAGCAACAGAACAGCAACAUAUUCUUUCUUGCAGACCGAACAGAAAUGCUUUCUGAAAGCAAAAAUAUAUUGGAUGAACUGAAAAAAGAAUACCAAGAAAUAGAAAACUCAGAGAAGACCAAAAUCAAGAAAUAAUAUUUUAUUUUAUCAAGAAAUAACUUGAUUUCACAUAACAAUGUGUGGCAUUUGCUGUUCUGUAAGCUUUUCUGUUGAGCAUUUCAGCAAAGAUUUGAAAGGGGAUUUACUGUAUAAUCUUAACCGACGGGGACCCAACAGUAGUAAACAGUUGUUAAAGUCUGA